CCCGUGCCCGGCUCCGCGCUGGGGCUGGCGCCGCUCCGCAGCCACGGACACACCGCAACGCCGAUCCCGCCGGGAAAGUCGGCUCCCCUGCCGUUCGCCCUCGCUCCGUUCCCUGUCCUCCGGCAGGCUGAGGGGACAGGGGAGUCCGUCCCGCGGCGGAGGGGCUAAGGGGGCAGCAGAGCCCCCUUGCCCCCGCUCCCCUCCGCGUGCUUUUCACCGCCGGGAGAGAGCUUCCCUGUCCUAAGCCGUGCCCUGGCAGGGAGCGGGAUCCUCCUGCCCUCACCCCUGCCCUUUGCUCCGCCGAGCGGAGGGUGAGUCAGGCUCCUGGCAGGUGCCGGCAGACACUGGUUCCUACCUCCAAGGGAAAGCGGGGGCAUUUUCCCUCCCUCUCCUGCUUUCUUUCUCCCCGCAGGUGGUGGGGCUGGACCUUCGGCGAGCCCUCGGGCCUGUGAAGCUCCGGCAUGGCUGUCGGUGGGGUCGGGAGCUCCCUGCUGCUGAUGUCCGGCGUCGUGGUGACCGUGGGGCUGUGCCGGAGGCUGGCCCGGCGCCGGCUGCGCUCCCGCCCGCUCCUCUUCGCUUUCCUUGUGGAGAUGUUCAGCACCUUCCAGAUUUGCGCCUGCACGAACGAGCUCAGCCUGCUCGGCAACGUGGAGCCGAAGCCGCACACCGCCCUCACCCUCACCUACGGCUUCACCGUCCUGCACGGCCUCAGCCUCGCCGGCAGCACAUGCAAUCCCUGCGGGACCCUGCAGCCCAUGUGGGGCGGCGGGACCUCGCCCAGGAUGGGGGGACUCAAGAUCGCCGCUCAGUUCGUGGCUGCAGUGCUCGCCAGAGUGUUCAUGCACUUUAUCUGGAGUCUGGAGAUGGCAGAGCCACAUCUUGGAGCACUCUCACACGGCUGCAGCAGCCCCAUGCAAACUACAGAGAUGCAGGCGUUCUGCAUAGAACUGCUCUUUUCUGUCGUUUUCCAGCUGGCCGUCCUGCAAGCCGAAAGCGUUAAUCCCAAAUACAGAGUCCAUUUAAUUGCUCUUCUUAUCACCAUGCUCGUGUAUGCAGGUGGAAAUCUCACAGGAGCAAUAUUUAACCCAGCACUGGCGUUUUCAUUACAUGCAGAUUGUUUCUAUGACAAAUUUUUGAGUUACUCACUAGUAUAUUGGCUAGCACCAUGCUUAGGUACAAUACUUGUGGUUUUUAUAUGGGAUGAAAUCUUUCCUCGGAAAUCUUGAGACAUGAAAUCCUGAAAUGUGGGACCACUACAUUAAAAAAUAUUUUCAACAUCUGCAGACAUAAAGCUUUCAGAGAACUGUUGACAGA